AUGAGUGAGAGUUUGUCUGAUUUUCUUGAAGAAGUACAACCUGAAUUUGGCGACACUACCUUUGAUGGAGAUGAUCUGUUUGCUAUUUUUGAGAGCUUAGACAGUGUAACAGAUUUUACGCCAGUGAUUCCAUUAGAUGAAGUUGUUGCUAGCUCAAAAGAAAGCGAAGAAACGAGGCGGUUAGUCUCACAAAAGUCUUCAUCUUCUAGUGCUUUGCAAGAUUUUGAUGAGACCAAUAAUGAGCUUGAAACUUCACCAAAAAGUAAGAGACAAAAGAUUGCAGCUUCAGCAGCAGCCAUAGCUUCUUCAGAUCAGGAAGUGAACCCAGAUGGGCAGCAGCGUAUAUCUCAUAUUACAGUGGAACGGAACCGGCGAAAGCAAAUGAAUGAGCACUUGUCCGUGUUAAGGUCCCUCAUGCCUUGCUUCUAUGUCAAAAGAGGAGACCAAGCAUCAAUAAUUGGAGGAGUUGUUGAUUACAUCAAUGAGUUGCAACAAGUUCUACAAUCUCUUGAAGCCAAGAAGCAAAGGAAAGUUUAUAGUGAAGUUCUUAGCCCUAGGAUCGUUUCAAGUCCAAGACCUCCACUUAGCCCUAGAAAACCACCACUAAGUCCUAGACUUAAUUUGCCCAAUAGCCCAAGAACGCCACAACCAUGUAGCCCUUACAAGCCAAGAUUGCAACAAGGUUACAUUUCUCCUACCAUGGCCAACUCACUCGAACCAUCUCCAACUUCUUCUUCUUCCUCCUCCAUUAAUGACAACAUUAACGAACUCAUCGCGAAUUCUAAGUCAGCAAUUGCUGAUGUUGAGGUUAAGUUCUCUGGUCCAAAUGUUCUAUUGAAGACUGUAUCUCCUCGGAUUCCUGGUCAAGCUGUGAAAAUAGUCUCUGCCCUUGAAGACCUUGCCCUCGAGAUUCUACAUGUGAGCAUUAGCACAGUAGAUCAUGAAACCAUGCUUAAUUCCUUCACAAUCAAGAUUGGAAUUGAAUGCCAGCUUAGUGCCGAGGAUCUUGCUCAACAAAUCCAGCAAACAUUCUGCUAG